AUGAAGUCAUUUUGGUCUUCCUACAGAACUUUACCACCUAAAACACGCGUUUAUCUUGGUUUAGGUGGAAUAACAUUAGCUUUAGCGGGUCAUUUUGUUAGUGACUGGUUAGAGAACAAAAUCCCUGUAGAUUCUCAACAAACUAUUGACAGUGCCUCAUCAAGUCAAAUAAUCGACACAUCCCAAAAGACUUCUUUACAAAAACCUAUAAAUUCUAGAAUAUCAAAAGUUAUGACGACCUCAAAAGUACCAAUAGUUUACCACCCAGGUUAUAAUAUCGUAUUCUGGAAUUUUGAAAAGAUUCACCCAUUUGAUACUCAAAAAUUUAAAAGGAUUCAUCGAAUUUUAUUAACAUCAGGCUUAUUUAACGUCAAUUCAUUUUACGAGCCGUCUCCUCCAACUUCAGUUGAUAUAGCUAAUUUACAUUCGACACAAUAUCUUGAAUCUUUAAAUAGUAAUAUUCAAAUACAAAAAAUUUUGGAAGUCCCUUUUUUGGCCGUUUUGCCUCAAGUUUUAGUGAAGAAAAAAGUAUUAGAUCCGAUGUUGUUGCAAACUGGUGGGAGUGUUCUUGCCGCCGAAUUGGCAUUAGAAUAUGGAUGGGGAAUUAAUUUGGGAGGAGGAUUUCAUCAUGCACAUUAUGAUGGCGGUGGUGGUUUUUGUGUUUACGCAGAUAUUACUUUAAUGGUUGAGAAAAUAUUGUCAAAAUAUCCGGACCAAGUUUCGCGCUUGAUGAUCGUGGAUCUAGAUGCUCAUCAGGUAGAACGUGGAGACCCUCUUGGUGCAAUGGAUCUAUCAGCUGAAGCUAUACUGAAAAGGGAUGAACUUGUAUUUCAAAUGGCUCUAGAUCAUGGGGUUCCGAUUGUCAUGGUAUUAAGUGGAGGUUAUCAAAAGAAAAACGCAGAAAUUAUUGCCGAGAGUAUCCUAAAUUUAAUUAAUAAGUUUGGUCUUUUGGAGGGACGUAGAAAGUCUGUUAUGAAUGCUCAUUAG